ACGUUGACCGAAAUCGUUCGGAAUUUUAUUUUGCCAUCCAAGUGGAAAAUCCGAAUUUCGCAUCCAAAUAGGAUUCGUCGAUACAAAAUCCCUAAUUGUCAGUUAUUUUUUUUUGUUUGUUUUGUUUUUUACACCCGACGAGUUUUUCAAACGAUCGAUCAGUCAAAUCCAUUCCAACUACGGAUCUUGGUGACGUCGUCGUCCGCCAAAAUAACAGCUGAUAAGAUACUUAUCAGCAACCACCCCGCGCGCCCACCGACGAUCCACGCCCACUGGGCGAAAGAGCUUAAUCAGCAGCAGCGACGCGGCGCAGCAUUUGUGGCCUUGUAAUCCGCGGCAGCGCCAAGAUGCCACAGCCAAAGCAAAAGCAGCAGCAACAGCCACAGCCACAGCAGCAGAAGCCGCUGCAGAAACAUUCCAGCACCAGCUCCACGAUCAUCGCCAAGCCGGAAAAGGAACGGGAACGCACGCAGACGAUCGGCGAAACCGACAUGGAUCAGUCGGUGCUCAAUGGACUGGCAGUGGGAGCAGAUGGAACCGCCGGCUACCAUGGUCACAAGCGAGAACUUGGUCACAGAGUGUUUGUGAACAGAUCGCUGCAUUUGGAGAAUAUCAAGUACUAUGGCUUCGAUAUGGACUACACCUUGGCAGAAUACAAGUCACCGCAGUAUGAGCAGCUGGGCUUCAACCUGGUCAAGGAGCGCCUGGUCUUCAUGGGCUACCCCAAGGAGAUCCUGCAGUUCGAGUACGAUCCCACCUUCCCAGUUCGCGGCCUGUGGUUCGACACUCUCUACGGGAAUCUGCUGAAAGUGGAUGCCUACGGCAACAUCCUGGUCUGCGUUCAUGGCUUCGAGUUCAUCAAGCAUCACCAGGUGUACGAGUUGUAUCCCAACAAGUUCUUGAAACUGGACGAGUCGCGUGUCUAUGUCCUGAAUACUCUCUUCAAUCUUCCGGAAACCUAUCUUCUUGCCUGUCUCGUCGACUUCCUAACCAACAGCAGCGACUUUGUGCGCGUUGAGCGCGGCAUCAAAGCUGGCGAUUUACUUUUUACCUACAAGUCGAUUUUCCAGGAUGUGCGACGUGCCGUCGACUGGGUGCAUUCCGAUGGCGAUCUGAAGCGUCGCACCACUCAGAAUAUGGCUCACUAUGUGAAGAAGGACGAGCGCUUGCCCACGGUCCUUUCGCGCAUCCGGGAGUCGGGCGCCAAGCUGUUUAUGCUGACCAACAGCGACUAUACGUACACCAACGAGAUCAUGACCUACCUGUUUGAUUUCCCCCAUGGCGCCACUCCGGAUGAGCCGCACCGCGACUGGAAGACCUACUUCGAUGUGAUCGUGGUGGAUGCGCGCAAGCCGCUCUUCUUCGACGAGGGCACCGUGCUGCGGCAGGUGGACACGAAGACCGGAAGCCUGAAGAUCGGCACCCACGUUGGACCCCUGCAGCCGGGUCAGGUUUAUUCCGGUGGCUCCUGCGAGCUCUUCACCAAGUUCAUCAAUGCCAAGGGCAAGGACGUGCUCUAUGUGGGCGAUCACAUCUUUGGCGAUAUUCUCAAAUCGAAGAAGAUCCGCGGCUGGCGCACCUUCCUAAUUGUGCCCGAGUUGGUGAGGGAGCUGCACGUUUGGACGGAUGAGUGCCAGCUGUUUGCGGAGCUACAGAACCUGGACAUCAAGCUGGGCGACCUGUACAGGGAUCUCGACUCGAGUGCCAAGGUCAAGCCGGACAUUUCGCAGCUGCGCACCUGCAUCCGGGACGUGACACACAAGAUGGACAUGUCCUACGGCAUGAUGGGCUCACUCUUCCGCUCCGGCUCGCGCCAGACCUUCUUCUCCAGCCAGGUGGUGCGGUAUGCCGACGUAUAUGCGGCCACCCUGCUCAACCUCAUUUACUAUCCAUUCUCGUAUAUGUUCCGAGCUCCGGCCAUGCUUCUGCCCCAUGAGUCGACGGUGGCCCACGAUCAGGCCCAUCAGCCGCCUCCGCCGCUGGGUCCUGUUCCCGCGGCCACGGGAGCCGCAUCGGUGGCUGCCUCGCCGGAUGAGUCGGCUCGCAUUUUGGCGGGCACCGCCGAGCACGUUAAGGACUCCAAGGACUUGCAUCGCGCAAGCUCCAUUGUGCACACUCGUCCGUCGACGCCCACCGUGGUGACCCACACCCAUGACGAGGACUAUUCCGAGGAGGAGGAGACACCCAGUGGUGCCGAGUCUUCCACAGAGGCCGUGCGCGAUGCCUCCGAAGACUAGAUGAUGCCACAGCCGCCCUCCCCCCAGCAGGAAUGUUUGGAUCAACGAAUUUUAUUCUCAAACUCAAACGAAAUCCACACCAUGGUCGAAGCAAUUGUGAAACGUACGAUUUUCCCUGGCGAUUUUACCCGAGCACAGAUAUGUGAAACUAUAUACCAUAUACGAUAUAUAUUAUAUAUUAUACAUUAGCUGGUUCCAUACAUAUAAUGUGUCUUUUUUUUUAAAUUAAAACAAUAAAUUGCUGUAAUUGAAUGAGAA